UUGAGGGGAGAGAAGUUUGAAGAGGAGCCGCGGGCAGCAGGAGUCUUUCACAUCCUUUUCUCAGCGCAGCACAGAAGUAAAUGCAUUCUCUCAUCUUUUUAUACACAAUCAGCCGCGGGGCUGGGCCGUGCUUUUAAUAGAUUUUAAUGUCAAAGUAAAAAAAAUAAAAUAGUUUUAGAUUUCUUGUUUUGCAGGGGUCUGAAGCUCGGGGGAACUGAAUUAUCGCCCGGUUGAUGGUAUUUCCAGCGGGCAGCCGUGCAUGCUGUCCGGGAAGGAGUUUGCAAUAACACCGUGGGACUUUGCAACAAAACAAAACCACUGGACGAAAGAAACAACACGAGGAACUCAAAUCUGGAAAUAUUUCUCUUUCGUAACCUGCGUCUUACUCGCUGGAGUUGUGCAACUUUUUAACUAGAAAUGGUUGGCAGGUUGAACUUGCCAAAUGUAUGUGAAGGAGAUCCACUGGAUAUGAGCUGCAGGGCUGAUAGAGGACUUGACAGCCCGGACUCUGGGUUACCCCCGAGCCCGAGCCCCAGCGCCUGGCUGCAGCCUGUGUGCGCGGAUAAAGCCGGGGGCGUGAGCCCGGUGUCUGAGGACGAGGGAAGGGGCUCCCUGGUUCCAGUUUUACCCACCGCAGCUGUCCCACAGCUACACCCGCUGUCCUUUGGAGAAGGCAUAGCACUUGAUCCAUUACCACCGAAGGAAAUAAGAUACAUCUCAUCCGUGCACUACAACUCGGACCGCCACUUCAUCCAGGACGUGGAUCUGCAGCCGUGGGGCCAGGGCCUUGAACAUUGCAGGCAGACUAUCAUGGCCUUGCCCCACAGCACCUGGCGCCACUACAAAACACAGCUGGACUUCCAGCCUCGCCAUCGCCCGCAGCGCUUCAAGAGCACCACCAUCAUCUACCCCAAGAAAACCAGCGCUGUUUACACCACAGAGCUGAGCUACGAUUGCCGCCGACUAUCCAGGCGAUUCCUCUCCAGUGUGGAGCUGGAGGCGGCUGGUCAUAGAAAGCUACCUCAGUGAGAGGGGUGGGCAGGUGGCUGGGGAAACGCAAAAGCGGUCAUUCGCCACGGUCCCCAUGCUGUGGCUCCCAUAAGGCUGGCUGCCAAUGACCUGCUGUGUUGUCUUUUUACAGUUGUGUAGCCUAUGCUUUUAAGUGCCUAUCCCAAGCUGUGGACACAAAGCAUCUGUGCUGUGGAUGUUACAGGUAGCAGAGAUGUUGUAUGUAUGAUAUGUAUGUAUCCCUGCCAAUGAAUGAAACAGUGCAUUGGCAUGGAUAUUUAAUUAAGCGCUUCAGUUUGUUAGUCAGUUAGAACUGACUUAUAUGGGCCGAGAUAAGGAGAAUACUUAUUUGCCCUCCGCAAAGUCAUUCUCCUCAUGUCAUACCAAGUUGGUCAAGCCUGCAGAGUGAUUGGUUUUUAAAUUUGAGGCCUGUCACAGUUCAUAGAAUUUGUUUUGAAUUAAUCAAAUAGAAGAGGACCUUUUAGAACUGCUAACUUAGGAUAUGGAUAAGUGACUAGUAUGUGAGGGAGAGGAAAGGCAAAUAAAUGUGGUGCUGGAGUUUUGGGUGCACGCUAAGAAAUCACUAGCUUAUCCACACUGUACAAAGGAUGUGGUGAAAAUACUUAACACGUGUUUUGUUUCUUCACAGGGUAUUGUGUAUUUCUGCACAACAUAGCACAAGCUAAGCUCUCCCCAAGCCUUUUCUCUGGCCACUGUUUAUGGCUGAGAUUCAUGAUGUGUUAUGUAAAUGUUGAUAGAUUAAGGGAAGUUUUCUAUUCAUGGUGAUGUGUAAGCUAAAACUGAUUUUAGCAGGUAGUGUAGAUGGAUGGUGAGAGUGGAGUUUACUGAAAAGUGGAUCGUAUUUUUGAUAUCACUCACUGGCUUAGUAGUGAAAAUAACAAGCUGCAUUCCACUGCUAUCACUUUCUUUGGCUUGACUUGGAUUGAAAUUGUAUUUAUUCUGUUGAAGUUUUUGGAUCUGAGAUUUUAUCAGCUGAUUAACGGGUCUUCACAGUCAUGGCAAGGGAUAUAUUUGUGAUGCCCCUUGUGCCUUAUCGAUAUAUCUGUUAAUGCUUCUUUUUGAUAUUUGUCACCUAUUCAGUGCCAGUUUGAAAUAAAGUAAUAACGUGUU